AUGUAUUGGCCCCCUAAAUACUAUAUAAUUGGAGAGUUUUUGAGAAAACUUGCCAAAAAUGUGUUUGUCAGCAGGUUUGGUCGUAUAUCACAUUCAAUACUUUUUUGGUUACCUUCUCGUGCACUUUUCAUAGUUACCAAUCCGUGUUCUGGUGUUUUUUGUCAAAAUGAUGGUACCUGUGCUAUUGAUACCACCAACGAUAAUUGUGGGUACACAUGUAAUUGCGUAGGAGGAUACAGCGGUGAACACUGCGAACAAACCAACAACCCUUGUCAGAAUGUUAUUUGUCAGCAUGGAGGAACGUGUGUUCCAGGCAUUGUCGGAGGAUUUACUUGUGUAUGUACGGGUUGUUACUGGGGAACGUACUGCGAAACACAUACUGAUCCGUGUAGUGGUGUUUAUUGUCAGCAUGGUGGUGAUUGUGCUGUUGAUACCUCAGACGGUCAAUGUGGGUACAAAUGUAAUUGCGUAGGUGGAUACAGUGGUACACACUGUGAACAAUACAACAGCAACCCUUGCCAGAAUGUCAUUUGUCAAAAUGGCGGAACAUGUACUCCAAAUGUCGGAGGGUUUACAUGUCAUUGUAAGAGCUGUUUUUGGGGAACGCAUUGCGAAACCUACACAUCUCCAUGUGACACACUGUAUUGCAACCCGGGUACUACAUGUGUCAUUAAUUACAACGACCAAUGUCAGGCUCAAUGUACUAGCUGUCCUCCAUGCCAAUCCGGUUACGGCUGUUUAGUCAAUACCGAUCCUUGUAGUGGCGUUUAUUGUCAGCAUGGUGGUGAUUGUGCUGUUGAUACCUCUGACGGUCAAUGUGGGUACAAAUGUAAUUGCGUAGGAGGAUACAGUGGUACACACUGUGAACAAUACAACAGCAACCCUUGUCAGAAUGUCAUUUGUCAAAAUGGCGGAACAUGUACUCCAAAUGUCGGAGGGUUUACAUGUCAUUGUAAGAACUGUUUUUGGGGAACACAUUGUGAAACAUACACAUCUCCAUGUGACACACUAUAUUGCAAUCCGGGUACUACAUGUGUCAUUAAUUACAACGACCAAUGUCAGGCUCAGUGCACUAGCUGUCCUCCAUGCCAAUCCGGUUACGGCUGUUUAGUUAAUACUGAUCCGUGUAUUGGCGUUUAUUGUCAGCAUGGUGGUUAUUGCGCUGUUGAUACCUCUGACGGGCAAUGUGGGUACAAAUGUAAUUGCGUAGGUGGAUACAGUGGUACACACUGUGAACAAUACAACAGCAACCCUUGUCAGAAUGUCAUUUGUCAAAAUGGCGGAACAUGUACUCCAAAUGUCGGAGGGUUUACAUGUCAUUGUAAGAGUUGUUUUUGGGGAACGCAUUGCGAAACAUACACAUCUCCAUGUGACACACUAUAUUGCAAUCCGGGUACUACAUGUGUCGUUAAUUACAACGACCAAUGUCAGGCUCAAUGUUCUAGCUGUCCUCCAUGCCAAUCCGGUUACGGGUGUUUAAUUAAUACUGAUCCUUGUAGUGGCGUUUAUUGUCAGCAUGGUGGUUAUUGUGCUGUUGAUACCUCCGACGGUCAAUGUGGGUACAAAUGUAAUUGCGUAAGUGGAUACAGUGGUACACACUGUGAACAAUACAACAGCAACCCUUGUCAGAAUGUCAUUUGUCAAAAUGGCGGAACAUGUACUCCAAAUGUCGGAGGGUUUACAUGUCAUUGUAAGAGCUGUUUUUGGGGAACGCAUUGCGAAACAUACACAUCUCCAUGUGACACACUAUAUUGCAAUCCGGGUACUACAUGUGUCGUUAAUUACAACGACCAAUGUCAGGCUCAAUGUACUAGCUGUCCUCCGUGCCAAUCCGGUUACGGCUGUUUAGUUUAUACUAAUCCGUGUAGUGGCGUUUAUUGUCAAAAUGGUGGUGAUUGUGCUGUUGAUACCUCCAACGGUCAAUGUGAGUACAAAUGUAUCUGCCUAGGUGGAUACAGUGGUACACACUGCGAAAAUACCAACAACCCUUGUCAGAAUGUAAUUUGCAAGCAUGGCGGAACCUGUGCACCACAUAGUGUCGUAGGAUUUACAUGUGAAUGCACGAGUUGUUCCUGGGGAACGUACUGCGAAACACUUUUCGACCCUUGCUUGGGAGUGUAUUGUCAAAAUGGUGGAACCUGUAUUGCAGAUAAUAGUGAAAGUCAAUGCCAAUACAAAUGCAUCUGUGCAAAUGGCUACUGGGGAUCACUCUGCGAUCAAGGUGGUAAUGCAUGCGGGCUAUCAAGUUGUCAAAAUGGCGGAACGUGCGUCCCUUCAUACAUCCCAUACGGAGUACCUACUUGCCAAUGCCGUGAAUGUUACUCGGGUCAAUACUGUAAUAUAUAUUACAAUCCAUGUAAUGGAGUUUACUGCUUUAAUGGUGGGACAUGCGUUGAAUAUUCAAUCAAUGGCCAAUGUAAAUCAAAAUGCCUGUGUAGAGAUGGAUACAUUGGAGAUCGUUGCGAGAUUGCCAACAAUCCGUGUGAAAACCAUUUGUGUAAAAACGGCGGAACGUGUGCUUUAAGCAGUCAGGAUGCAAUAGGGUACAUAUGCUUUUGUAAGGAUUGCUACUCAGGAACAUUUUGUGAAACUUAUACUGAUCCAUGUGACGAUGUCACGUGUCUGAUCGGGACGUGCGUACCUGAUCCUACAGUUGGAGAAUGUGGAUUCAACUGUGAAUGCGAUCCAUGUUUCACAGGAACAUUAUGCGACACUCCACUGGAUGCGUGUUCACCAAAUCCUUGUUUGAAUGAUGGAACGUGUAGUUUUGAUGCGUCUAACGGGCAAUGCUUUUCAUGUACUUGUCCAACAUGUUAUACAGGGGAUAUAUGCGAGACGUAUAAUGAUCCUUGUUCCAGCUUUUCAGCCUUUUGUGGCCCCGGUGCCACAUGCAUACCUGAUACCGACAAUGGGCAAUGCAGUUCAGAUUGUGUGUGCGACAAUCCUUGCUACUAUGGGUUUUCCUGUAUUUUCUUUUAUAAUCCGUGUAGUUCGGAUCCUUGUGGUUUGGCUGCAUCAUGUAGUAUCGAUACAUCAGGAGGACAAUGCGGGUAUUCAUGUGGGACUUGUCAAGCUUGCUACACCGGUCCUAACUGUGAAAUUCCUAUAUCUCCUUGUACACCGAAUCCAUGCGACAAUGGCGGGAUAUGUAAUCUUGACUUAACUGAUGGAUGUGCCUUUAAAUGUACUUGUCAAGGAUGCUACUCUGGCGACACCUGUACAAUAUCGUCACCAUGUUCGCCGAACCCAUGUGCCAAUGGAGAAGUAUGUAGUCCCAAUAUUCUUACCGCUGAUCCAUGUGACUACACAUGCGAGUGUCUAUCAUGCUAUACAGGCCCUACGUGCAGCACCCCGUUGCCAUGUUCACCAGAUCCAUGCCUCAGUGGCAUAUGUAGUGCUGAUACAUCUACACCCGAGCCAUGUGACUACAUUUGUAGUAAUUGUGGGGAAUGCUACAUAGGUACUUCUUGCAGUAUCCCGUCACCUUGUCUUCCAAAUCCAUGUGCUAAUGGCGGAACGUGUAGUACCGAUACAUCAAACCCUGAUCCGUGCAACUACUCUUGUGAUUGCCCAUCAUGCUAUACAGGCACUACCUGCAGUACCCCAUUACCAUGUUUACCGAAUCCAUGUGAAAAUGGUGGAACGUGUAGUGCUAAUCCAUCUGCCGGUCCAUGUGACUACACAUGUGCUUGCUCAUCAUGCUACACAGGCCUCACUUGCAGUACCCCAUCACCAUGUUCCCCAAAUCCAUGUGUCAACGGAUUUUGUCUACCUUCUAACAAUCCAUGUGACUUCGACUGUUUUUGUUCAUCGUGUUUCUUCGGCGAUCUAUGCGAUUUAGCGUCACCAUGUUCUCCGAAUCCGUGUGAUAAUGGCGGAACGUGUAUAGAGAAUCCAUCUGUCGACGAUCUAUGCGACUACACGUGUGAUUGUCCACUUUGCUAUACAGGUCCUACAUGCGAUAUCCCGUCACCAUGUUCAUCGAAUCCAUGUGAGAAUGGCGGAACGUGUACUGAAAAUCCAUCUGCCGCCGAUCCAUGUGGCUAUACAUGUGAUUGUCUACUUUGCUAUACAGGUCCUACAUGCGAUACCCUGGUGCUACCUUGUUCAACGGACCCAUGUGCCAAUGACGGAACGUGCAUAUCCUCUACCACAAGCAAUCCCUGUGAAUUCAGUUGCGAAUGUGCAACAUGCUUUUCAGGCAGUCAGUGCGAAAUUAAUACUGAUCCUUGCGACAGUUCACCGUGUGAAAACGGAGGAACAUGCCGAGUAACUACUUUCGGUGGCAUGUGUAGAUUUCGAUGCGAUUGUACUGAAUGCUAUGUUGGAAAUCGCUGUCGGAAUUACAGAGCCAAUCCUGGAUGUGGUAUCGGUCCAUAAUGACUAGAUGCACUUUUUUAUCUACUGGUAAAUACGACGAUGACUUUAGUCAGACGACACCCACGUGGGAAAACUAGUGAAAAUAUUCUGCGACCUUUUGAACUACCGGUAUUCAACCUUAAAAUAUUGUUGGAUUUAGUUAGGCCAUCACUAAAACCAACACGCUGCUGUUGUAUUAAAUAUUUACCUAUUUUUGUUUAUUAUUUAUAGUGGAGCUUAGAAACCUAUCAUUCGUUUUGUUAUUUUUAUAAAAUAUACAAUCAUAAUGGGCAAUAUUAAGUAAAACAUACAAGGUUUUUUUUUUGUUUUUUUUAAAUUGAUUAGGACAUUACAAGUUUUCGCCAACUUCAGCAGAUAAUAACAUAGGCAAAAACAGAGAUAUGUGUUUUAUACUAAAUUUUAGUAAGAUUGUUUUUCUGUAAUGAUUCAAGUAACUUUUAACCACUGAUAGUAAUUAGAUCAGGAGGGUACCAUCUACUCCUGUUUUUAAGGAGAAAUGUAGUUUUAUUCCUUUUUUCGUUUUGUGUUGCUGCUAUUUAUAGCGUAGUAGUGCUAGUAAUUUUUACGUUUGUUUUAAUAACUCAUUUUGAUUACUUCAAUAUUUAUGGAACAUAUUUAGUAUAAUCACCAUUAUAAUUACAAAAUAGUUUAGUUGUUGUAAACGUGACAUGUUAUCUUACAUAUUCUUACUUAUCUAAUUAUUCAAACAUACACAUCAAAAGUCCAAAAACUAGCUUAGCCAAUAGGCUAGGAAUAAGUAUACCUCCUGGAUAUUGGCACAACUGCGCCACUUAGCAGAUUCGUAGAUUUGUUUGGAUAUCUGGCGCAAUAUCAAUUCCAUCGACUGAUUGAUUGAAAACUAAAGAAUCAGUAGGCCUACUUAUCAGGCAGCUAAAUUUCAUUCACAAUCACAACAGGUGGAGUUGGAGCUAUUUGAUUUUAAUGCGGUCACUGGCAGUCACGUACACAAUAUCUAAAACUAGGUAGGCGCUACGCCACCAUCGUCGUCCUUCAGAUCGUUCUGGACCUAGGCCCGGGUAGGCUUAGGUAGUAGAGAAGUAUACAGUAAGUGGGUACCUAUAUAAUAGAUAGCUAGGUCUAGGACUUCUAGCUAGCACAUUACUAUGGUACGUACAAAACAAACAAAAUCAAAUCUAUCAAUUAUUACACCACAUUAUAUUAUUUUCCACCUUUAACUUUUAGAUGAGUAUUAUAUUGUAGCUGUUUUUAAAUAACGAUGUUGAAUUCCCGUUCAACAAAUAUAGGUUAUUAAUUGUGACUAAUAUAGCUUUUUAUAUAUUUUAUAACGUUAUAUUGUUAUGUAUGAUUUAUAUAGGCCUUUGCUAUAGUAUACCUUGUAUAAGAACAAUGUUUAUUAUCUAUACAAGGUUAAUAAAGUGUGCUAUAACACGCAAGAGUAUUGUUCAAUAAUGGCGAA